AUGCAGCGGAGAUGGGCGAGCGAGGACAAAAAGAAUGAGCAGACGCCGUUUCAUUUUCAGCUGUUUGAGAGUAUCACGCAGCGUGUGCAGAAGGAGAAGGAGGAGCAGCUUAGGCAGGCGCAGAUGCAGAAUAGGACUGCGAGAGGACGGUUUUUUGCGACAAUGACUGUUUGUUUUAUUGCUGCUUGCAUCGGGUACUACUGGGGCCAGGCUCUUCCUCCACCUCCCACCACCGAUUCAACCGCUCCCCUCGAGUCUACGGUGCCGCCGAAACAUAACAUCUCCGAGGCGAAUAUGGAGGCUGCAUGGACUGACUUCCGUGACAUCGUGGGGAAUGAGAAUAUCACGCUUGAACGCUCAGAACUCGAAUCACACUCCGGUUCCUCAUGGUCUUCGCACCCUGCGGAACCUGGUGAUGUCCCGUUUUGUGUAGUGAAACCCGGAAAUACCCAGGAGGUCAGCGCCAUCAUGAAGAUCUGUCAUGAGAGGAAGAUACCAGUCACGGCAUACAGUGGCGGCACAAGCUUAGAGGGACACUUUGCGGCGACGAGAGGCGGCAUCUGCAUUGAUUUCUCGCGCAUGGACAAGAUUAUCAAGCUGCAUAAGGAAGAUUUGGAUGUUGUAGUGCAGCCCGCUGUAGGCUGGGAAAUACUAAAUGAAGAACUGGCGAAAGACAAUCUAUUCUUCCCUCCGGAUCCAGGACCAGGCGCCAUGAUCGGGGGUAUGGUGGGCACGGGGUGCUCGGGGACGAACGCGUAUCGAUAUGGCACAAUGAAAGAUUGGGUGCUAUCUCUCACAGUGGUUCUGGCUGAUGGAACGAUUAUCAAGACGAGACAACGACCACGGAAAUCCUCCGCAGGAUAUGACCUCACGCGCAUGUUCGUCGGCAGCGAGGGGACAUUAGGCUUAGUCACGGAAGCCACGCUCAAAGUCACCGUGAAACCGCAACACACCAGCGUCGCUGUGUGCGCCUUCCCCAGCGUCCGCCAAGCAGCCGACUGCGUCUUCAAGGUCGUCGGAGCUGGUGUCCCCAUCGCGGCGAUCGAGAUCCUCGACGAUGUGCAAAUGAAGUGCAUAAACGAUGCUGGAAUGACCAAGAAAAGCUGGAAGAACGCGCCUACACUCUUCUUCAAAUUCGCGGGUACGCCUUCGAGCGUGAAAGAGCAGAUUGGCCAGGUGCAAACACUCGCGAAGAAUGCGGGGAGUGUGAGCUUCGAGUUCGCCAAAAGCGAGCAGGAGCGAGAGGAUCUGUGGCAGGCGCGGAAAGAGGCUCUUUGGAGCGUUAUGGCGCAAGGCUCCGGAGAUGAGGAUAUGGCGGUCUGGACUACGGACGUAGCGGUACCUAUUUCGAGGCUGCCCCAGAUCAUCGAAGAAACCAAGGAGAACAUCGGCAAGAGCGGGCUGCUAGGCAGCAUUGUUGGCCAUGUGGGAGACGGAAAUUUCCACUCCAUCAUUCUCUACAACAAGAAAACCGAAUACGAAAAGGCCAAAGGCCUCGUCCACGACAUGGUCAAGCGCGCCAUCGAGCUCGAGGGCACAGCAACGGGUGAGCAUGGCGUUGGGCUCGUCAAGCGAGACUAUCUGCCCCAUGAGGUGAGCACGUCGACCGUCAACGCGAUGAGGCGGCUCAAGCUGGCGUUUGACCCGCUGUGCUUGCUGAACUGCGAUAAGAUCGUUAGGGUACAACCGCUAAAGAAAGGUGAGGUGGACAAGUGGUAG